CAGAAUAAUAUGAUGUGUCUGGGAGAACAUAAAUGGUCUCAUAUGUUCCCUUUUCUCAUGGCAUCACUUGUGUAUUCUGCAAAGGCCGAAUAUUCUAACUGUGGUGAAAAUGAGUACUACAACCAGACUACUGGAAUGUGCCAUGAGUGUCCACAGUGUGAGCCAGGAGAAGAACCUUAUAUGACAUGUGGAUAUGGCACCAGAGAUGAAGACUAUGGCUGUGUUCCUUGCCCAUCGGAAAAAUUUUCUAAAGGCGGAUACCAGAUAUGCAGGCGGCACAAGGACUGUGAGGGGUUCUUUCGGGCAAGAGUUAUGACGCCUGGAGAUAAAGAGAAAGAUGCCGAAUGUGGGCCUUGUCUCCCUGGUUACUACAUGCUGGAAAACAGGCCAAGAAAUAUCUAUGGAAUGGUUUGCUACUCAUGCUCUCUGGCACCUCCCAACACAAAAGAAUGUGCAGGUGUUACCUCUGGCAUGUCAGCCAGUUUCCCAAGUACUUCUGGAACAAGUACCCAGUCUCCUUUCCAGCAUGUGCACAAAGACCUUUCUGGACAAGGACACCUUGCUACUGCUCUUAUAAUUGCAAUGUCUACAAUCUUCAUAAUGGCUAUUGCUAUUGUCUUGAUCAUCAUGUUUUACAUUGUGAAAACUAAGACUUCAGCUCAAGCCUGCUGCACCAGCCAUUCAGUGAAGACUGUAGAAGCCCAAGCCAAUAUGCAGGAAGAAAAGAAAGAAGUUCAAGAGAACGUUGUGAUUUUUUCAGAGAAAGAUGAGUUUGGAAAAUUGACAGCAACUCCAGCUAAGGUUGUCAAAAGUGAAAAUGAUGCCUCUUCAGAGAACGAGAGACUGCUAAGCCGUAGCAUGGACAGUGAUGAAGAAGCUGCGAUUGACAAGCAGGGGACGCCAGAGUUGUGCUUGCUUUCACUAGUCCAUUUGGCUAGAGACAAAUCUUCUACAAACAAGUCAACUGGCAUACAAAGCCGGAGGAAAAAGAUACUUGACCUGUAUGCGAAUGUAUGCAGUGUUGCAGAAGGUCUCAGUCCCACAGAGCUGCCAUUUGAUUGCUUGGAGAAGACCAGCAGGAUGCUCAGUUCUACAUAUAACACAGAGAAAGCCAUUGUGAAAACAUGGCGCCACCUUGCUGAGAGCUUUGGCCUGAAGCGCGAUGAAAUAGGUGGCAUGACAGAUGGCAUGCAGCUCUUUGACCGCAUCAGUACAGCAGGCUACAGUAUUCCGGAACUGCUAACUAAACUGGUACAGAUUGAGCGAUUAGAUGCUGUGGAGUCUCUCUGUGCAGAUAUCUUGGAGUGGGCACAAGUGAUGCCCAAACCUGAUCCAGUUGCAGCAUCGUGA